CAGCACUGCUGAUAUUUAAACAGAAUCAAGUCUCUGACAACACUUACUAUCAGACAUCCAUCCGCUUGUGGAGCAUCUCUGGACAUCUCUAUAAACAUGUGCCGAUCACUAGAGCAUCUGCCAAUCGCCUGUCUGGAAAGGGCAAAGGAGCUCAAGGCACGGUUUGGAAGUUUUCUACUAAAGCAAGAGCUCAAUAUCAUGGGCCACUCACAAAAAAAUGACAAACUAACACCAGCGGACAGACAGAAAUGGUCUUUCCAUGAACUCCUGGCUCACAAAGAGGGGCUGUGCGCUUUCACAACGUUCCUGGCGUCUGAGUACAGUGAAGAAAAUAUUGCUUUCUAUUUGGCCUGUGAGGACUACAGGAACACAAAGAGCUCCUCGAAGCUGUGUGCCAAGGCCAGGAAAAUCUAUGAGGAGUUCAUCGCCUCUGACGCACCAAAAGAGGUUAAUCUUGAUCAUGAAACUAGAAACAUCAUCUUGAAGAAUAUGGAGCAGCCCACACUGUCCUGCUUCAACCUUGCCCAGAGUAAAAUUUACACCCUCAUGGAGAAAGACUGCUACCCUCGUUUCCUCAAGUCAACAGUCUACCAGGAACUCAUCACUCAGCUUGUGGGUUAAACUACCCUAAAGACGGUAGCGGAGGAAUGCAUCCCAGAUAAACAUGGCAUUUGUGUGACGUGAUGGCUGCUGGAUGAUCUGAACCGGUUUUCUGAGGUUCAGGGGGACUGGACACACAGACUCAAAAGCCGACUGGAAGGCCUCGGGCAUUCGACAACAUUGAUUCUAUGAACACAGCAGUGGAGCACACAGAGAUCAAGAUUGUAGCACUGGAUAAUAACUGUGAAAGUGGAAUGACUUUUGCACAAUUAUGUGUUAAGUGUGUAUUUUGUAUUGCCUAUGAGUAUUUAUUGAAAAGUUAUAUUGAAAAUAGUAUUUAUAUUUGUAUUUAUAUUUGAUGAACAAUUGUGGGUUAUUUAUUGAACUUUUGAGUGAAAAAAUGAAUAAAUUUUUUACAUGCAAAGAUUGCAUUUUUG